GCCCGCAUCCGAGGAGGCGAGGCCUGUGUUGCCUGCGGCCUCCCAGCAUGCACAGGGAGGAGCGGCUCUGACAAAGGACCCACUCAAGGUGGAGCAAGACCCGAGGGGCCAGGACAGGAAGAAGGGAGCCCUCCGGGCCCUCCACUUUCUGUCUGAGGCCCUGGGCCCCGAGGGCAACUGGGGCUCUGGAAAGGGGCUGGAGCUGCAGGGGGCCUGCGCCCGCGCGCUGCCCUGGCCCUGCCUGGGCUCCCCUCGCUCCUGUCUGCUUUCUUGGUCACUCGCUGCUUCUCUCCUCUCAGCUGUGCCGUCGGGGCUCAUUUGCCUCCUCUACUCACCCCUGUGGCUCCCAGAUGCCUUCGACUCCAGAGCAGCCCUCGGGGCCCCUGGAUGCGUCGUGGCCCCAGCUCCCCUGCGGGCCCUGCAUCCCCAUCAUGCUGGCCCUGGCCUCCCUGGCCGCCCUCUUCAUCCUCACGACAGCUGUGCUGGCCGAACGCCUGUUCCGCCGCUCUCUCCGCCCGGACCCCAGCCUCCGCGCACCCACCCUGGUCUGGCGCCCGGGAGGAGAGCUGUGGAUUGAGCCCACGGGCACCGCCCGAGAGCGCUCGGAGGACUGGUACGGCUCUGCGGUGCCCCUGCUGAUGGACAGGGCUCCAGAUCCUCCCACCCCUGGGGGUACCCUGGAGGCCCGGGCAACGGCGCCCCCUGCCCCGCCAGCCCCACACUCCCCUCCCAGUUCCUUGGUUCCCCAGACCCCUCCUGAAGUCCCACCUCGCAGCACCUUCUGGAAGCCUCAACCCUGGGUAGAAGAGAGACCCGCCGCAGGCCUGGUGAGCUGGGGUGAGCCGGAGCAGAGGCCUGAGGCCCACAUGCAGUUUGGAAGCCCCCAGGCCAGGAGACAGCGGCCAGGGAGCCCGGAGCCUGACUGGGGUCUCCAGCCUCGGGUCACCCUGGAACAGAUCUCAGCUUUCUGGAGGCGGGAAGGCCGGACCAGCGUUGGUUUCUGAAUCCCCAGGGCGUGCAGGGCUGACCUCCCAGAGACCCCUGAGGAAGCCCACUUGAGACUCCAGGGACUAGCAGACCCGGGCUCCAGCCUCAGAGCUGGUCCUGAGGCUAGCUGGGAGAAGACACUCCUCCCAGGCCUCCAACGUCAGGCUCUCAGCUGGAUCUCAGCCCUGCCUCUGGAUGGUGGGCCGGCUGAGUGUGGACAGAGCUGGGCGCUGGGGGGCAACAAUGCUUCUGCUUAGCUGCUGCUGGUGGCUCAGAAACCCAGGGUUGCAGAGACCCUGCCAGAAGCCUCUGACAUCACAGCCAGACAGGCAGGGGAUAGCAACAACCACCUUCACCUUCCUUCCCUGCGAGCCUCAGAGCCCACUGUCAGAGUGAAGGAUCCCGUGGGUGCUGAAGGACGGCUGGGUGCUGUUGGUGAGUGUCAGCUGCAGUAGCAGGAAAUGGCAGAAAUCCAGCUUCCCAGAGUCACAGAUCUCUCUCCUUGGCCACUCGCCCCCGAGAAGUCCUCCAGGAAAAUACACAAGGAGGCAAUCAGACCAGACAAAGGGGUGUUACUUCAUGGGAAGUGUGGCUUUGACCCCUAAAUGGCAACAAGGAGCUGGCUGAGCCACGCAGGAGGUCCUCUCUUGCCUGGAGUCAGAGAUGACCAACUUAGCCCUUUGGAUCUUCCCCUGGAUGGUGAGGUCCGCCUGGGCCAAGGAGAACCGAAUUUGUACCGACAGAAGGGGGCAUCUCCCAGGCAGGGCAGUGUCCCAAAUGCAGCUUUGGUCAUCUUCACCUCCCAGUUUGCUGGAGGGGGUCCACAGAGACCACCUGUCCAAGAUGGGCUUACUUGUAAUGCUCCACCCCCCAGAAAGGGAGACCCGAAUGCCCUUGGCCCUACUCGCCAGCCCUCUGGAUCGGUGGGCCUCCGCUUUGGAAGAGGACAGGGGAGGGGAGUGUGGAUGGAGUGUCCAUUCCCUGGAGCUCCCCACACUUCAGGCGUGAAUAGUCACAUAUUUGCCGCCUCAGUUUCCCACCUGUAUACUGUUUACUUGGUAUUUUUCUUUAAAUGCACUCACUCUUUGUUUAAUACAUUUAUCUUCAAAGGAAUCUUUUUUUGUGUCCUUUCUGUCAAUGGAAAACCAGUAUGCUUGCCAUGAAUAGUAGGUAAAACAGGAAAAUAUCUACAAUGUAAACAAAGCUAUUAAGUUCUAAGUAAACAUUGUUGCUGACUGGGGGCAUUGACCUCAAACUCUGCUCUUUCUGUGUUGAAAGAAGGCAGAGCCACAGGGUAAGGAGGUGCGAGGCUCACCCAUGUGAGGGUUGCAGAUUCGUGUAUGGAGACCUCCCUGAGUGCUUCGGGCACACGCAUGCUAUGAUCCAGGGCUGGCUGAGACUGCGGGUGGAUCGUGGCAUGAGGACCUUGUUGGGGGUGCUGUCUCUGUAUAUUUUUUGGUCUC